AAUUCGUGAACCGGAAGUACUUAGUUAUUCUUGCAUGCGUCACGGCAGUAUGAGAUAACACUCCUAUCGUUUGUUUGCGGAUGGCCAUAACAUUAUAGAAGACGAGUCACAAUAACAACACAGCUCACUUGCCUUCACAGCAAAGAAGUUCACUUUAUUGUAUUACUCAAUACGUUGCAAGUUACAUGUGUUACAAACAAUACGUCAAGAAACAAUAACGAAGCAGCAAGUAAGUGCUUGUUUGAGUUCGCAGCGAAACUCACGUGAAAGUGUGCCAGUACGGUUGUUCUUUUUCCCGAAGGAAGACGUGGGAUUUGAGGGGGAAAAUGGCCACCACAUCUUCUCUUCCAGAGGAGGACCUCACCUGUCCCGUAUGCCGAGACAUCUUCAGAGACCCAGUCAUCCUGUUGUGUAGCCACAGCUUCUGUAAAGACUGUAUACAUGGCUACUGGAGGGAGAGAGAAGUGAAGGAAUGUCCAGUUUGUAGGAAAAGAUCAAAACUCAGUGAUGCACCCCUCAAUCGGGCUUUGAAGAACCUCUGUGAGGCCUACUCAAAGGAGAAAGCAUCUGCAAGUGUCCUCUGCAGUCUGCAUGGGGAGAAAUACAAACUUUUCUGUCGUGACCACGGACAACCUGCUUGCCUGGUGUGCCAGACUUCUGAGUUACACACAAACCACAAGUUCUGCCCCAUGGACGAAGCUGCCAAAGAAUAUAAGGAGUCUGUGCUGAAGCUCCUACAGAACAAACUGGAGGUCCUUGAGGCAGACAGUCGAACUUGUGUUCAAACGGCAGAUACCAUCACGAGCCAGGCCCUGUCCACAGAGAGGAAAAUAAGGGAACAGUUUGAGGAGCUUCACCAGUUUCUACGGAAUGAAACGGUAGUCAGGAUAGCUGCCCUGAAGCAAGACCAAGACAACAAGAGUCAAAUGAUGAUGAGGAAGAUUGAGGAGAUGAACAGAGAGAUAUCGUCCCUUUCUGACACCAUCCAAACCCUAGAGGAGGAGCUAGGGGCUGAAAACAUUUCUUUGCUCCAGGACUAUGAGGUCAUCAAGAAAAGAGUUCAGUGCAUAUUGCCAGAUCCAGAGAGGGUUUCAGGGGCGCUGAUUGAUGUGGCCAGACACCUUGGCAACCUGCAGUUCAGAGUCUGGGAGAAUAUGCAGGAAAUUGUUGAGUACACUCCUGUGAUUCUGGAUCCCAACACUGCUCACCCAGAUCUCAUCCUGUCUGGUGACCUGACCAGCUUCACAUGCAGACUCAGUGAUGACCAACAGCAGAUUCCUGACAACCCAGAGAGGUUUAAACACCGCUAUGCUGUCCUGGGCUCCGAGGGCUUCAGCUCGGGGACACACAGUUGGGACGUAGAGGUUGGGGACAGCAAAGAGUGGGCAGUAGGUGUAGCCAUAGAGUCUUGCGAUAGGAAGGAGACGUCUCGGUGGCACAUUAGUGGAGUCUGGUAUGUACUCUCAAGAGAAGGAAGUGACUAUAUUGACCAAGUGUCACCGAAUGCAUGUUACUGUCUUGAACCCUUUAAAGUGCAACCCCAGAGGAUCCGAGUGCAGCUGGACUGGGACAAAGAAACGGUGUCACUUUCUGAUCCUGUCAAUAACCAACGCAUUGGGUGUUUCUUCAAAAACCCACAAAUAUUUUCACUGAGUUUCACUGAGAGAAUUUUUCCGUUUCUCAGUGGGGACUACGUCAGGGUUAUGCCAGUGAAGGCCUCUGUAACAGUAUAGUACAGUUAGAGCUGAUAAUUACACAAGGCCUCUGUAACAGUAUAGUACAGUUAGAGCUGAUAAUUACACAAGGCCUCUGUAACAGUAUAGUACAGUUAGAGCUGAUAAUUACACAAGGCCUCUGUAACAGUAUAGUACAGUUAGAGCUGAUAAUUACACAAGGCCUCUGUAACAGUAUAGUACAGUUAGAGCUGAUAAUUACACAAGGCCUCUGUAACAGUAUAGUACAGUUAGAGCUGAUAAUUACACAAGGCCUCUGUAACAGUAUAGUACAGUUAGAGCUGAUAAUUACACAAGGCCUCUGUAACAGUAUAGUACAGUUAGAGCUGAUAAUUACACAAGGCCUCUGUAACAGUAUAGUACAGUUAGAGCUGAUAAUUACACAAGGCCUCUGUAACAGUAUAGUACAGUUAGAGCUGAUAAUUACACAAGUCGGGGUUCCUGUGAAAACAAAACUACAAGCUAAAAGGAAAUUGACAAAAACGAUUGCUGUGGGAACAUUGUUGACCAAUUUCAAAUGCAUUAAUUGAAACAAAUCAGUUUGUUAAUUUUAAUGUGUCUUAAUAUCCGUAAACUCUUGUCUGAUAGACAUGAGAACUGCAGGUUUAGUUCUGUUUGCUGUGUUUCAGUGAGUGUGCCUGCUGCUGAAUCUCAUUCAACAUCGACUUAAUGGGACAGAUUUGGAAUAUAUCGGGGGGGGGGUUCCAUUUUGCCAGGUGUACUGAACACAGAUAUCCUCGUUGUCCUUUUGAACAGUUUGACUAGGGAAUUGUUACUGUUCAGUUAAUCUUCUAGUGAAGUAUCCGCUAACCAAGUAUGGUACAGCAAUCUGUCAGUCAAUGACAUGCAUUAAUUAGUUGAUGCAACACUACCUUUGACUCAGCUUGGCAGUGACUGAGAUCCCACUCCCCCUCUCUCUCCCACUUCCUCUCCAAAGAACUGACUCCCUCUCACUUCCUGAAUUCAUCCUUCUGGUUUUUUAUUUACUUUUACUGUUUCGUUAUUUAGCCUUUUUAAGCGCUUUUAGGUUUCUUCUCUAUCAGUAAUGGGCUUCCUGUUUGUGAAGUGUGUUUCUCCAUUCUAGUGUAAUUCUAUGUAAGUUGAGUAAUUGCUGCUGUGUUUAAUACCAUGGUUAUGUUUUACAGCCUUUCUCAUGUAUUACGCCAGUUUUCAUUUUAUACAUAAAAUUACAUUUAAAUCUG